UGACAAUUUGCCAUUUAGUGCCUCAAACUGUCGUCAAAAAAACACAAACUACACGAAGUGACUCAGUGCUGGAUGAUGGCGUCUGUUAAGAAGCUCCUCAUAGACUCACUGGAUGAUUUGGAUAAAGCUCAACUGAAAAGGUUUCGGUGUUACCUGAGGAAUGAUUAUAAGUUUCCAGCUUCUGGACUGGAGGAAGCAGAUGUCUUAGAUACAGUAGAUAAGAUGGUGGAGCGUGAGAAACAAGAAGGAGCCGUGAACGUCACACUAGACAUCCUAAGGAAGAUGAACAAGAACCAGCUGGCUGAAGAACUAGAGAACAAACUCAAAGUAAAGAAAGGUGCAUCUGCAGUUGACAGUAAAGCUGUUGAUGAUGAUCACAGUGAGUUCAGCAACACACUGAAGAGGUUAUUAAAACGGGAUUAUGAGAGAAUAUUGGAUGGUAAUUCACACCAGAAGACAUACUUGACUGAUAUCUACACUGAUCUCUAUAUAGUGAAGAAUAAGACUGGUGGAGUAGUGAAUGAACAUGAAGUGAGACAUAUUGAAUUAAACAGAACUGCUGCUGAGGAAACGUCAGUCAAGUGUAAUGACAUAUUUAAAGUCCAGCAUGAUACAGGUCGACAAAAUAGAAAAGUGCUGACGCUGGGCAUCGCAGGUGUGGGCAAAACUGUCUCUGUCAGUAAAUUCAUCCUUGACUGGGCUGAAGGAAAAGAAAAUCAGGAAAUCAUCUUUAUUUUUCCUCUGGCCUUCCGUCAACUGAAUCUGAUUUCAGGAAACCGCAGUCUAAUGGGAUUGAUAAAUAAAAAGUUCUUUGGUUCUGAUAAACAACUGUCAUCACUGCCUAAAGAAGAAGAUAAAGUGAUGUUCAUCUUUGAUGGUCUGGACGAGUGUCGCUUCUCUUUCAGCUUUAAGAACAGUGAGGGAUUUACAGAUGUUACUAAAGAAACUACAGUAGAUGUCAUAAUAACAAACCUGAUCGAAAGAAAUCUGCUUCCGUCCGCUCUCAUCUGGAUCACCUCCAGACCAGCAGCAGCCCAUCUGAUAUCUCCAGAACACAUUGAUCAGGUGACAGAGAUCAGAGGAUUCAAUGAUGAGCAGAAGGAGAAAUACUUCUCCAGAAACAGCAAACCUGACAUGUCAGAAAGAAUCGUCUCACACAUCAAGAGAUCCAGAAGUCUGCACAUCAUGUGUCAUAUUCCCGUCUUCUGCUGGAUCUGUCUCAGUGUUCUCCAGCCUCUGAUGACUCGAGAGAAUCAGGACAAAACUCCCACAACUCUCACAGGGAUGUACAUCUACUUCUUACUCUCACAGAUGGAACAGAUGAAAGCAAAAAAACAAAGUGCCAGCCUUCCUCAGUCUUUUGAAGAUGUUGUUCUGAAGCUCGGGGAACUUGCCUUCAAACAGCUUCAGAAAGGAAAUCUGAUUUUCUAUAGAGAAGAUCUUGAGGAAUGUGGGCUGUAUGUCGAUGAUGGUAUAGUUUUAUCUGGGUUAUGCACUCAGAUGUUUCAGGCAGAAAAGCCAGUUUCUGGGAGAAAGGUCUUCAGUUUUGUACAUCUCAGUGUUCAGGAAUUCCUUGCUGCUCUUUACGUGCUUUUCAUUUACAAAAACAAAAAAACAAACCCAUUCUGUCUCUCUCUGCGAAACAAACUAAAAAGGACAGUCAAGAAAAAUUCACUGGUUGACCUUCAUAAGACUGCUGUUAAAAAUGCUCUUCAGAGUAAGAACGGACACCUGGAUCUUUUCCUGCGGUUCCUCAUGGGUCUCUCUCUGGAGUCAAAUCAGAAUGAGCUGAAAGAUCUUCUGCCCUCACUGAACAUCACAGCAGAAGACAUGAGACAGACUGUUGAAUAUAUCAAACAGACAAUUAAGAAAUCUGAAUCAUCAGAGAAGAGCAUAAAUCUUUUCCACUGUCUGAAUGAACUGAAAGAUGAUUCCCUGAUAAUAGAAAUCCAGAAGUAUCUGAAUUCAGAAGAUCUUUCAGCACAAGAUCUCUCUUCUGGUCAGUGGUCUGCUCUGGUGUUUGUGCUGCUGAUGUCUGAAGAGACUCAAGAGAUGUUUGAGAUGCAGAAAUACAGAAGAUCUAAAGAAGCUGUGAUUCGACUUCUGCCAGUGAUCAGAAACACCAGAAGAGCGCUUCUUCAGAGCUGUAAUCUGACUGCUAGAUGUUGUGAGAGUUUGUCUUCAUGUCUACAAUCAUCAACGUCUCUGAGAGAGCUGGACCUGAGUAACAAUGAUCUGAAGGAUUCAGGAGUGAAGCUGAUCUCUGAUGCUCUCAAAACUCACAACUGUCAACUACACACACUAAGAUUGUCGUUGUGUAAUGUGACUGAAGAGUGUUGUGUAAAAAUGUCUUCAUGUCUACAAUCAUCAUCGUCUCUGAGAGAGCUGGACCUGAGUAACAAUGAUCUGAAGGAUUCAGGAGUGAAGCUGAUCUCUGAUGCUCUCAAGACUCACAACUGUCAACUACACACACUGAGGUUGUCAGGUUGUAUGGUGACAGAUGAAGGUUGUUGUUCUUUGGCUUCAGCUCUGAGUUCACAGUCGUCACAUCUGAGAGAGCUGGAUCUGAGCUACAAUCACCCACAACACACAACACUUCAGCUGCUCUCUCACACACUCAAUGAUCCAAACUACACAAUCAAUGUGAGUCAUGGAGGAGAGAGAAGAAUAACAGCAGGACUACACAAGUAUGUCUGUGAUCUCACACUGGAUCUAAACACAACACACACUUUCCUCAAAGUGUCUGAAGAGAACAGAAAGAUCACAUGUGUGGAAGAGCGUCAGUCGUAUCCUGAUCAUCCAGACAGAUUUGCUGGUGUGUAUCCUCAGGUGUUGUGUAGAGAGAGUCUGAUUGGACGCUGUUACUGGGAGACUGAAUGGAGCGGAUCAGGUGUUGAUAUAUCAGUGUCAUAUAAAAGCAUUGAGAGGAGAGGAGAGAGUGACAGUGUGUUUGGAUUCAAUGUAAAAUCAUGGAGUUUGUGGUGCACUGAUGACAGAUUCACUGCAGUUCACAAUAAUAAUUAUACACACAUUAGUGUCUCUUCAGGUGUAUGUAGAGCAGGUGUGUAUGUGGACCAGUCGGCCGGCACUCUGUCUUUCUACAGCGUCUCUGACACACACACACUCACACACUUACACACAUACUACACAACAUUCACUGAGCCUCUCUGUGCUGGAUUUGGUGUGAGUUUUAACUCCUCAGUGUGUUUGUGUGACAUAAACAGCCUCUAUAGAGCUUCCUGUUAAACACAAGAGAGACACACACAUAACCACAUGAGUUAUUACACAAAUACUGUCAAAUCUUUCUGUCAUCUGGACAUUAUGAUCUGUGUGUGUGUCUGAAAAUGAACUCUGUUGUGCUCUUUUACUCUGUUUAUAUAUGAUCACAUAUGACACGCAUGAACUCUGUUGUGCGCUUUUACUCUGAUUAUAUAUGAUCAUAUAUGACACACGUGAACUCUGUUGUGCUCUUUUACUCUGUUUAUAUAUGAUCACAUAUGACACACGUGAACUCUGUUGUGCUCUUUUACUCUGUUUAUAUAUGAUCAUAUAUGACACACAUGAACUCUGUUGUGCUCUUUUACUCUGUUUAUAUAUGAUCAUAUAUGACACACAUGAACUCUG